UGAAAAACCCGGAAGUCUACGCCUCUUCGUCUUCUUCGCGGGGUACGGAACGAAGAGGAUAUUAUUUUGCCAACUAGCGGCAAUGAUUAAAUAUAAAUAUAUGGAGUGUCAUGAAAUAAUGAAUACAAUAACCACAUAAUCUAUCAUGCCAUUCGUGUGGCACGCAUGGCUUGAUACACUGGUCCAGUUCUGUCAAACUUCACCGCCACUCCGUGUCCCCGUCGGCCUGUUUGCCUCUGUCUCUCAGCAAUGGAGCGGAAAGUAGCUCGGGAAUUUAGGCACAAGGUAGAGUUGCUGAUUGAAAAUGAAGCAGAGAAGGAUUACCUGUACGACGUCCUCCGCAUGUAUCACCAGUCGAUGGAUUUGCCAGUGCUGGUGGGGGACCUGAAGCUGGUAAUCAACGAACCAAAGCGCUUGCCCCUGUUUGACGCCAUCCGACCUCUCAUCCCACUCAAACACCAGGUGGAGUACGAUCUGCUCACCCCCAAGAGGUCACGGAAGCUCAAAGAGGUGCGUUUGGAUCGGACACAUCGUGAUGGACUGGGUCUGAGUGUCCGAGGAGGGCUGGAGUUUGGCUGUGGUCUCUACAUAUCACAGAUUGUCAAAGACGGUCAGGCUGGGAAUGUCGGCCUUCAGGUUGGUGAUGAGAUUGUGCGCAUCAACGGAUACUCCAUUUCCUCCUGUAUCCACGAGGAGGUCGUCAGUCUCAUCAAGACGAAGAAGAUUGUGUCACUCAAAGUUAGGCAUGUGGGGAUGAUCCCAGUCAAAAGCUCAUCAGAUGAAGACCUGAAGUGGCAGUUUGUUGACCAGUUUGUGUCAGAGUCAGGGGAGAAGAAAAACAGUGUUGCAGGCUUGGCAUCGAUCGGAGGGAAGGAGAUCAAGGAGAAGAAGGUUUUCCUCAGUCUUGUGGGUACAAAGGGUAUGGGCAUCAGCAUCUCCAGUGGUCCCACCCAGAAACCUGGCAUCUACAUCAGUAACGUCAAGCCAGGCUCUCUUUCUGCAGAAGUUGGACUUGCGGUUGGAGACCAGAUUGUGGAGGUGAAUGGGGUGGAUUUCACCAAUGUGGACCACAAAGAGGCUGUGAAAGUCCUGAAGAGCAGCAGGAGUCUGACGAUUACUGUUCUGACAGGAGCUGGCAGUGAGCUGUUUAUGACAGACGAGGAGCGCCUGGCAGUGGAGGCCCGCAGAGAGCUGGAGAGGCAGGAGCUGAUGCACCAGAAAAGGGUUGCACUGGAGACCAACAAAAUUAUUAAAGAGCAGCAGGAGAAGGAGAGACAGAGAAAGAUGGAGAUCUCUCAGAAAACUGCAGAAGAAGAGGAGCGCUAUAAAAAGGAGAUGGAGAAGAUUGAGGCCAUGGAGAAGAAGAACAACAGAGAUUGGGAGAAGGACUGGGGCACCAAGGAAAGGCCCAAGAGCCCUAAGAGCCCACACACUCCGAAGAACCCAUCACCUGCUCCAACUGAAAUAAAAACCAGCCCAACUCCAAAGGCUAAGAGCUCUCCAUUUGGCUGGUUUUAUCGAUAUGAGGGGAAACUGCCAUCGAUCCGCAAGAAAGGAGAAAAGAAGAAGAAAAAGAAGAAAGUGUCAAACACAGACACACUGCAGGAGCAGAGAAAACACAAGAAGGAGAUGGAGUUUGAGCUGAAACUCGCCAAGGAGAAAGAAGAGAUGUAUGAACGAGAGAAGCAACUGAAGAUCAAUAGGCUGGUUCAGGAGGUUUCAGAGACGGAAAGAGAAGACCUAGAGGAGUCUGAGAAAGUGCAACACUGGGUGGAGUGCCUUUGUCAGACUCGGUUGGAGCAGAUCUCUUGUGUGGAGAACGAAUCCCCAGAGCCUCCAGAAAUGUUAAAACGGAUGGUGCCUUUCAACUCGUCUUUCAAAUCAAACAAAAAACAAGGAUUUCAGAAAUACGAGGAAGACUUUGAUCCUUACUCAAUGUUUUCCUCGGACCAGAUAGCCGGGCGAGAUGUGAGACUGCUGAGAAUCAAAAAGGCUGGGCAGCUUGAGCUUGCUCUGGAGGGCGGAGCAGACUCCCCUUUGGGAAAGCUGGUGGUCUCUUCUGUGUAUGAAGGUGGCGCUGCAGAUAAGCACGGUGGCAUCGUACCAGGGGAUGAACUUAUGGCUGUGAAUGGGAAGAUCCUGAUCGAUGCAACAUUAACUGAGGGACAAAACUCUCUGGCUCGAGCCUGGAAUAGUGGAGGGGACUGGAUCGAUGUUGUGCUUGCUGUUUCCCCUCCGAAAGACUAUGAAGAUGAAGUGACGUUCUUCUAGUUCCAUCACCAGCCUGCCAAGGAAACCAGACUGAUUAAGAAGAAAGUUUUUAUUCUUGAUUAUACCCUACAGGAUUCACCGUCUUCUUAAUCCCAAUCUAAAUAAAACUGAUCCUCUUUCUCUUCAUCCACAUUUGUACCCCAAAAGUCCUUAGAUGGUCUUCUUGUUUUUACUUAGCAUUACAAUAAGCCCUUUGAGAAUCAGCCUUGUCUCAUGUAUCAAGAUAUUGACACCAUGCAGUCAUUCUCACUGUUUAGCUUUGUUUAAGGAAGGCUCCUGUCAAUAUUUAGUUGUCUGCAGUAAUCCUCUUCAACUAUGUCAAGCCUGGACAUGGUUGACCUCAUUUAGGUAGAUGUCGGUCUCAUCUGUCAGUAUAACAAUAAAGAGCGAGUUAGAACAGGCAAACUGUAAUCGAUAGCUUGUCUCCAAUCUGCCUUUUCAAAGCCCAAUAAAGGACUGCUCACAUUCACGGAAUUGAGUUGAUGUUGUGUACACUGAAUUUGUGCACUCUCCGCUUUGCUAAGACUAAUCGUGAGACAAACAGCCAAUGCUAUCAGUACAAAGUAACAUUUUUGGAAAAAGUUAUGACUUUGAGUGCAGAUUUGUGGAUUUUAGAAGGCCUUAUUUAGUUGGACUUCAGUUUGGCAGCUAGCCCCGACUUGGAUGAAUAGUGUAUUUAACAUAAUCCAGAUUGGUAUGUACCUUAAACCCAUCAGCCCUGAAUUUUUCCACUCAUAAGAGUAGUAAUGAGGGUAUAACAAUUUUUCAUGUAAUCUUAAAAAUCAGGACUUUAUGACCACGACUGACACAAUGUGAAAUUUCUGUAACAUUAUAUUGGAUUUUCCCG